CUGGCCUGGGAUCUGUAAGUGAUGUAAGCCAGAAAUAAUUACUUGGGGUGGGGAGAAAUACAAUUUCAGUUCACACACUGAACUGUCAGAUAGGCAAAGCAGAGAGACGGACAUGGACAACACUGUGGCAGGCACAAGGCUUGGUAGAUCCUGCAGGUAAAUGAGUGUGAGCUCCAGCACCAUGCGGCCAGCGGUGCUGCACUUCUUGGCCGGGUUCUGCGGAGCUCUGGGCUUUGCUCUGCUCCUGCUGUCUCUCAGCACGGACUACUGGCUACUGGCUACCGAGGCCUGUGACUCACAGGGCCAGAUCCCAGCAAAGCUGCCAAGAGUCAUUACAGAGGAUGGUCUGCGAGAAGAGUCAGGUGGUCCUAAACUCCUGUCCUACCAUGAAGGCAUUUUCUGGAGAUGCACGUAUCUGAAGAACCUGGACAGAGAAGAGGACAGUAUGCUGGACUUCUGGAUCACCAACCAGGCAUCAGAGAAGAAGUGUGUGCCAUCGUAUCUCUCUGAUGUUCCACUUUCUGAGCAGACAAAGCACAUUUUAUCUCCAGUUUCAACAACAGUGCACAGGGUUUACUGGUGCCUUCUGUCCAUGCUGGGCCUGACCUUGGUCAUCAUCGCUGUGUUCCUCAUAGUCUGUGGGAUCCCGACGGCCAGCCGUCGUCUGUACAAAGCGGGAGGAGCUUUCUUCAUAACUGGGGGUCUCGUGCAGCUGACUGUGGUGGUGUUGUUCGCUGUCUGGGUGCAGGGCUCAUCAUCGUUGGAGCGCUACGCCCUCCAGCGGCGGUUCUCCACGUGUGCCAGCCUCCACCUCUUCGUGCACUAUGGCCCGUCCGUCCUGCUGGCGCCGGUCGCCUCCUUCUUCAGUGUGCUGUGUGGCCUGUUGCUCCUGCGUGUGCGUCCCCAACGCAGGGUGGGGGUCUGCCACGCUCACGAAGAACCUCCCACCGCACAGGACAGACGGGGAACCAGCACGCUGUAGCACAGUAGCAGAAGUCAAACCAGAAACACUGCCACUGUUUCUGUUCUGGGUGCCCAAGGUGUCCAGAACAGAAACUUUGCAGGACAGGUGUGCUGCUGGAUUGCACUUGAUCGUAAGGUUAGGGUUAGGAUUACUGGUACACUGUUCUGUCUGAAUAAUAAAUUAGAAUGGGUGGGAUGAGAAACAGCAUGAAAAAUACUAAAGAGAAUUUAUCAGAAGUUUCUAAUCACUCUAUAUGAGGGUGCUGGCUCUAGGUGUAUGAUUUGAGUGAGAAACUGGAGAACUGUUUUGUAUUACUACAAAACAGAUCUGAUUUUCUCUGUUAGUAUUUCUCACUUUUUAAAAACUCUUUAAACACUGUGGUUUAGGCUGACAAGAUCUCGUUAAAAAAGUAUACGAAAAUGUGCUCCUAAUGCCGAACUGUUUGUAUAAUGUAGUUAAUCAAACCUACCACCAGAGGGCAGUAUUGCUUCAGAUCUGCACGUUGCGGCGUCAAGAGACUGUUGAACAGCUCUGAGACUGUUACACUGUGGUUAUCGAGUUUCUGGGGAAAUGAAAUUAUUUAGUUUAUGUGGCGUACAAGAUUAUGAUGUAUAUGCAAUACAAAAUAAACACGAAUAAUACUCUCA